AUGGGCCUCCCACCUCCCGGCCCCGAGCUGCAUGCGGGCCUCUUCCGCGACCGGACGAUCCGAGAGGUGGAGAUCGCUUUGGAGCAGCUGCACACCUUCGAAGAGGACUACUCGUCGGAAGAUGGUCGCAAAUGCGCUUUGGAGGUGCUCGAGAAGAUGGCCGACUACGUGGUGGACCGGGUCGUCCUCGAAAGGACGGAGGUCGGGAAGGCCGUUCGAAAGCUGGCGAAAGUGCGGGAUCGAGAGAUCGCUGCCCGAGCACAGCAGCUGGUAAGGGAAUGGAAGGAGAACCUCGAAUUUCGCGAUGUGGCCGUCAAAGGCUUCGGAGAGAAAGGAGGCCUUCAAAAGAGGUUGUGCAAGGAGCUGGAAGAGGGGCUCUUCAAUCACUGUUGCCCUCUGGGCCUCCUCGUGGGGGAGGAGAAGAAGAGCUAUCUGAGACACUACAAGAGGCUCUGCACUCACCUGCGAGCGCGCGGCUCCGACAGCUUGGUUGAGAAGCUGGCAAAGAACCAGUUCUCUGCACUUCAGGUGGCCGCCCUCCCGGACUCGACUCUUCAAACGGCAGAGAAGCGUGAAGCGCAGCAGAAAGCCGAGGAGAUUGCCCUCAAGGAGGCAGUCCUGACGCCCGAGGAGCCACCACUGGCAGCAAUUACGGAGGACUACACCUGCCCUCGCUGUAGUUCACAUCGCUGCUGCCGCAACGAGGUUCAGACAGGAUGGCACAAUGACCAUCAAGACCCGACAAUCAUCGUGACGUGCCUGAAUUGCACCUCGACUUUAACAACUUUGGCUGGACUGCUGGACCUGUACAGCUGCCUUUGCAGUGCAUCCAUCUCCUCGACUCGUUUUUCUUUGUCGGUGGCUGUCGGAGAGUUGGCAUCUUGUGCUUGGCUUGUGAGCCUCAGCUGUGGAGACAAAGACGAACCAAGGCGGGCACAGGUGGAAGGAGUCGGAUGA